CUCAAGUCAGAUGCAGGAAUACCCGACUUAGUCUCACGAGCUGCUUGAGAUGGAGACAUGGGGGAAGAAGAGCAGGCUGCAUUUGGUGAAGUUGCUUCUUUUCAUGAUCCUCCUGACUGCGAAAGAUGAGAAGACACACACUGAGAAUGGUUGGCGAAUGCAUGCUGGACGAAAGAUCCCUUGGAAUCUCUUCAGUCCAAAGGUGCCAUUUCGAGCGACCUUGGUUCCAAACCAUCAGCAUCCUCAGAUGCUUAUGAGCACUGGAGAUUUCGAGAUCCAUCAUCUCACGCUGAGCCAUCAUGGAAAGGUGAAGUUUCUGGAGGGUCAGUCGAUUGGCGUCCUUCCGACGGUCACCGCCUCGCCGAACGCCGCCUUGGCCCUGGUGCGCUUGUACCCGAUCGCCUCAUCUCGAGCUGGUGAUGACCAGAGGUCCAAGACCUUCUCCCUGUGCGUGAAGCGAGUGCUGGCCGCGAAGCGAAGCGCGGAUGGAGUGAUGACUCGAGAGGACGAGUAUCAAGCUUCAUGUUCCAACUACCUUUGCUCAUUAAAGCUCGGUGACAAGGUCACCAUCACAGGCCCCAUGGGGAGAGAGCUUCUCCUACCCGAAGAUCUUCGUGGGCACCUUGAUCUUCGUUGCUCGCGACCUCGGCCUGGCACCCGUUCGCGCGCAUCUUCGUCGGCUCCUCCACGAUCGGAAGGAGCAAGGCAGCUUCGAUGGAGCGAUACGGGUCGUUUUCGCAGGGCAUGAGAUGUAUGAGGAUGAGAUGAAUGCAUACGAGUCCUCCUACCCCAAGAACUUCCGAUAUUCGUCCGUCGAUGAUCUGGUGGAGCUACGGAAUCAGCUGCUCAAGGACGGCGAGGAGCUUUGGAAUUUGCUUCAGAAGCCAAGCACACAUCUCCUGAUCUCAGGCGGCAGAGACUUGGAUGCGAUGAUGGCAGAUUCUCAGCAAAAAAGAAGGACCUCUCGACCGUCUCCCUCGAUCGAACCAUCUCGGUGGAUGACCUGAGGUCUUUCAGUCGGCGAAUGAAACGGGUUGGUUCCAGGUGCGACGGCGCAUGCAACGGGAGCAGCGCUACCACUGGGAGGGCGGAGGUUGAAGGCGGGUGUUCAUCAGUCCAAGCCGCUCGACCUUCGGCGAGUACAAGUGAGCGAAGAUGAGGGGUCGACCAGCGGGCGAUCAAGCAAAUCAGGGCAGCGAAGUCGGAUGGCAAUGCGGCAACAGUUGGUGCCUUUGCUUUAAAAGAGUAGCACUUGCUCGUUCCGGGGCGCAAGAGAGCGAUUUGCAGGUCCAUCCAGGGCGGAAUGGGGUGUGUUCCAGUCUCGAGUUCGUCUUCCACAUGUGCUGGCCUCACCAGCGGGUCAUAGCACCUGAGCAGAUGCCCUUUGGCCGCCUCACUGGACAUCACUGGGCUGGAUUUGUUGCUUUCUUUACUUCAUGAUGCGUGAGCUUUACUGGGAGGCUGAGGACUGAACCUGAAGUCACUGCUUCGCUGCAUGGUGUGCGUUCGGAAGUCAUGACUUCCCUACCCUGCCCAUGUGAAAACGUGGCUGCCAGCCAGGUGACAGCGGG